AUGACAAAUAGAAAUUCACGCAUGAAAAAAGAAAAGAAGCAACUAGAGACAGACAUAGACUCUGGUUUUUAUUCACAGAGAGAAUACAAAAAAGAAAGUAGCAAAGGCCGCUCCAUUGGGGAAAAAAAGCCAAAAUUUGAAAAAUUGAAUUUUAAAAUCGACCAGAUUGCUGAGGAGGAUUAUGUUGAAGAGGAUGAGAUAGGAAUUCCAUUCCAAGAAUGGGAAGAUCAUUACUUUGAUGAUUAA